AGUCACAUGCUUCGGAUGGAAAUUACAAAGGUUGAUGAUGUCAAAAAAUAUUCAAAAAGAAAGAUAGCUCCAGCUAAAGUGACCGAUUGGGUAGAGCCAUCUUUUAGUGAUUUCUGUAAGGAUACAAAUCUAUCAUCUGACAUUCAUCAUAAGAAGCCACCAACAGAUACCAACCACUGUCAGAAGAGAAAAGGGCAUUUAUCUCUGAUAGAAAGUUGCAAAAGUGGAAGAAAAAAAAGAAAGCCACCUUCUAUAGAUGAGCAAAAUAAACUUUCCAAACAAAAUCACAGCCAAAAUGAACCUUGGGUGGAUAAAUACAAACCCAAAUCUCAGAAUGAGCUUGCUAUACACAAGAAGAAAAUUGAAGAAGUUGAAGCAUGGUUAAAAGCACACACAUUUCAAAGACAGUCCAAACAGGGAGGCUCUAUUGUAUUAUUAACUGGUCCUCCAGGAUGUGGAAAGUCUGCAACUGUGGAAAUAUUAGCCAAGGAUCUUGGCAUUCAAGUGCAAGAAUGGAUAAAUCCUAUAUUAUUAGACUUCAAGAAAGAUGAUGUCAAAGAUGCUUUGAGCCAUGAGUCCAAUUUUCAGAUACUUCCUUAUCAGACACAGACAGCUCUUUUUCAAGAGUUUCUAUUGAGAGCAAAUAAAUAUGCCAGGCUUCAGAUGGUUGGAGAAUCCAUGGAAACUGACCAAAGGCUUAUUCUUGUGGAAGAUAUGCCAAACCAUUUUUACCAUGACCCUAGCAGUUUACAUGAAAUUUUGAGGAGGUUUGUGCGGACAGGCAGAUGCCCUCUUUUGUUUAUAAUAUCAGAUUGCUUCAGUGGAGCCAGCAACCAAAGGUCUCUAUUUCCAAAGGAGAUUCAUGAAGAGCUAUGUAUAGCUAAUAUUAGUUUUAACCCUGUGGCUCCAACAAUAAUGAUGAAAGUUCUGAAUCGAAUAACUGCAGCAGAGAUCAAUAUGAGUGGAGAAAAAAAUGGUUUCCCUGACAAAGCCUCAUUAGAAUUGAUUUGCAAAGGAUGUUCGGGUGAUAUUAGGAGUGCCAUAAAUAGCCUUCAGUUUUCUUCUUUAAAAGAAUACUCAUCAGAGAACAAUUUGUGGUCACAGAAAAAGGGGAAUUCCACAUUAAAAUGUGACACAUUGUCUAAAGUAAAGAAGAAAAAGAAAUCUGGUAACCCUUUAGAAAACCAGGAGCUACAACCUAUUGGUGGCAAAGAUGCUUCCAUCUUUCUCUUCCAUGCUUUGGGAAAAAUACUUUACUGCAAAAGAGAACCAGCAACAGAAUUGGACUUUUUUCAGUUACCUCUUCAUUUAUCUGAAUAUGAACGAAAUGCCUUGCUCAUUCAACCUGAGGAUGUCGUAGAAAAAUCACACAUGCCUGGGGACUUGUUUAAUUUAUACCUUCAUCAAAACUAUGUAGAUUUUUUCUCCGAUAUAGAUGAUCUUGUGAGAGCCAGUGAAUAUUUAAGUAUUGCUGACUUCUUUUGCAGUAACUGGGAUGCACGAGCUACACUCCGGGAAUAUAGUGCAUCUGUGGCCACUAGAGGAGUAAUGCACUCAAACAGAGCCAGAGCCUCUGCUCAAAGUAAAGGAAUGGGCUUUCGACCCCUUCAUAAACCUCAGUGGUUCCUAAUUAAUAAAAAGUAUCAAGAAAACUGCAUUGUUGCAAAAUCCCUCUUUUCAAGUUUCUGCUUACCACCACUGUGCCUUCAGACCCAGCUAUUACCUUAUCUUGCCAUGCUGACAAAUCCAAUGAGAAACCAAGCUCAGAUUACUUUCAUUCAGGAUGUUGGAAGGCUUCCUUUGAAGAAAGACUUUGGAAGAUUGAAGCUUGAAACUCUUACUGAUAAAGACUCAGCAAUACAAGUCCUGGACAGCGAUGAUGAAGGGGAUUUGACUGAGAUACAAUCCGCGGAUGUGCUUAUCCAAGUGGAGAAAACCAAAAUCAGUGGGAAGAAUGAAGCAGAUGAAUGCCCUCUUCCUUCCAGUCAGUCUAGUGGAAAUGAACUGCCAGCCAGUCAACCUCAGCCUAUUGCAGCACAAGCAAUCAUGGAGGAAAAUGAGCUAAAUAUAGAGGAAUAUGAUAGCGACUGAAAUUUGUAAAAUAGCAACCCCAAAGCAGUGAUAGUGCUUAACAUCAUAAUUUUAGUUGUAAUAUUUUAAAUGAAUUCUUACCCAACUGUACUGCGAAUGCUACUGAAAACCUUACCUUGUUUCUUCAGGUUAUUAUUACCUUGUCAUGAGUUCACACAACUUCUUUUCCAGAGUAACAAAUACUAUAGACAAUAUUUGGGUGCUGGGUCUCCCCAAUUCUACUUGACUACACUGCAAAGCUUCAACUACAUACACCUUAGUUCAAGAUUUUGUCCCCUGUCCAAAAUGUGGUAUGGACGUCAAUAAUACGAGAAGAAUUUAUUCAGAUUUUUUUGGCCUCUUUUUAAUGGUACAGGUAUUUGGAGAAAAUGUCAGUGGUUUCUGUAGCAUUUCAUAUAUGUAAUCCUCCUCGACAGUCAUAGAAAAAUUGUAUAAAGAGUUUAUGUGCUGGUUUGUGUACUAUUUAAGUUAUAAAUAAAACUCUGAAUGCCUUACUUGUUAAU